CCGGUCAACAACAACUAAACAAUUCGAAGAGGUAGAAAUUAGUCGCGGUUGGUUGCUGGCUUUUGGUUGGAGAAAACAGAAAGAAAAUCAAAUCCAAUAUGCCAUCCCCUGUUUCAAUUUUUCAAAAGGCAACACAAAAAAGCUAAACGUGGGUAAGAUACAUAAUAGCAGAACCCCUGAACCUCCACUAACCAUUCCUCUCUCCCGCCAGGCGCCAGUUCCCAAAACCUAGUGAGUAGAGAAGACGGAAGAGCAUGGCGGGCGAAAUUAGAACAGCAGAAGUGGUGGUGGCGGCAGAUAUUAAAGCCAUCGACAAGGAGAAAUCAUCAUUCACGGGCUACGCGUUGAGCCCAGCAGCCCGUUUGUUCCACUCGCCCAAGUUCAACUGUUACAUCGUCGCCAUCAUGGGCUGCAAGACCAAGAUCAACCCCGCCGUCGUCAAGCUCGGACUGGAGCGCACGUUGAUCAAACACCCUCGUUUCUCCAGCAAACCGGUGGUUGAUGGGUGCAAAGGCAGGAAAAUGAAAUGGGAGCAGACUGAAGUCAAUCUAGAUGAUCACAUUAUCAUUCCAAAUCUGGAUGAUGGCGAUGUGGUGGAGUCACCGGAUAAAUUUGUUGAAGACUAUGUUUCUCAUCUCACCACAUUGCCAUUAGACUUAAACAAGCCAUUAUGGGAGCUACACCUGUUGAACGUGAAAACUUCUGAUGCAGAAGCUGUUGGGGUGUUCAAGAUCCAUCAUUCCAUAGGUGAUGGUGCCUCAUUGGUGUCUCUUCUUCUAGCUUGUACCCGAAAAUCCUCCGACACUGAAGAAUUGCCUACUGUUCCCAUGAACAACAAGCCUUCUCCUGGUGCUGCUGCUCUCUCUGGUGGGGUGUUUUUGUUGAUUUGGACGCUGCUGAAGCUGAUUUGGAACACUUUGGUGGAUUUGUUUCUGUUUGCUGCUACAAUGUUGUUUCUGAAAGAUACAAAGACUCCGAUCAAAGCUCUAACAGUGGAAGGACAGCAGCUCAGGAGGUUUGUGCACCGUACUGUUAGCUUGGAUGACAUUAAGCUGGUGAAGAAUGCAUUGAAUAUGUUUCUUGAUCCGGACUUUAGUAGACGAUCAAUGAUGUCGUAGUCGGAGUAACACAAGCAGGUCUCUCGAAAUAUCUAUACCGCAGAUAUGAAGCUAAUAGAUUUCCCUGAUUUAACAGGUGAAGAUCAGCAACAUAGGGGAACAGAAAGUCAGAAACUCGAUAUUCCGAGGAACAUAAGGCUUAGAGCAUCAGUUCUAGUUAACUUAAGGCCAACCACCGGGAUCCAGGAUUUGGCUGAUUUGAUGGCCAAGGGACCGAAGGAGAAAUGGGGAUGGGGGAACUGGAUAGGGUACCUAAUGCUUCCUCUCACCAUUUCCUCACAAGAUGAUCCUCUAGAACAUGUUCGAAGGGGGAAGUCCAUAAUUGAUCGAAAGAAGCUCUCUUUAGAACCUGUUUUUACAUGUCUAGGCGCCAGGGUAGUCAUCCAGACAUUGGGAGUCAAGGUGGCUUCUUGGAUUGCUAACAGAGUCCUUUUUAACACUACAUUAGCCUUCUCAAACAUGGCCGGUCCUGUAGAAGAAAUCAGCUUUUAUGGUCACCCACUCUCGUACCUUGCUCCAACCGUCUAUGGCCAUCCCCAUGCGCUGACGAUUCAUUUCCAGAGUUAUUGCAACACGAUAACCAUAUCUCUGGCCGUUGAUCCGGGAUUGAUUCCUGAUCCUCAUGUGCUCUGUGAUGACCUUGAAGAUUCUCUUAAAGCCAUCAAGGAAGCUGUUGUGCAGAAAUUUGUACAGAAAGAUCCCGGUAUUGUGUAGAGAAAGAACAAGUAAUGGCAGAAAACAGUCUUAGCUUUCACCAAGAGAUAGAUAGGUACAGAGAACGCUCUGAAUAUAGAGAUGUUAAGGAAAUGGCCAGAGCCCAGAGGACGAUACUAUGCAGAAAUACAUGUAAAGCACAGACUACACAGAAUCACAGAUAGAUGUUAAAACAUCUUUUGGUUUGUAAGGUACAUAUUCACAUUGUUUUGAUUUAGGAUUGCUAGAUCGAGUGAGUAUAAAAGAUCCAUUCUUGUUGCUGGUUGUGUUUUGCUGGUCUGUCAAAUGAAUAAGAGAUCGCGUUGUGAACGCUUUCAACGCGAAAGCGUUGCCUUUCAAUAUCCUCGAAACAGCAUAAAUCUCACAAAAAUUUACUUGCAUUCCAAAUAGUACUAGGGAAAGAGAAGAAAAUGGCUAAAACUAAAACUGAGCUUGCUCCAACUCACUACUUCCUACACCUCCAUGAAGAGACAGAGUAAAGCGGCCUAUCUUGCCAACAAAUCACAGCACAGCCAUUCUCUUCCUUCAUCCUAUACCCAUCACAUCCAUAGCUCUCCAGCAAACCCUUACCCUGCAACAUCCCAUAAUAGCUCAAACCAAGAUUAACAAAACCAGCCAUCUCAAUCCUAUGAAUCCACUUCUCGAGCUUCUCGUGCCUUUCCUUCCUCUCCCCUCCUUCACAUGCCACAAUGUUCUUGAUCUCCUCGCCAAACAUCAUCUUCUCCACCUUCAGCCUCUCGAUCGAGCUCCUUGGCACCGUUGAUUCCAAGCAAUCAAACAAAGCUGCAUAAGAAUACAGUGCCUCGAGAAGCCUCUCCAUGAGCGUGGCUCCGUUAUGGUUCGAGUCUUGCUCUGUCACCACCAUAACCUUAGGCGAUAAACCCCACAGCACGUUCAGAAACCAAUCCAUCUUCCCUUGCGAAGAAGAAGGAGAACCAAUUGGUGGUGAUGAUGACGACGAGGCUGAAUCAAAGCUAUUGUCUUUCUGAUCAAGCAACAGCUCCCCCAACGUGCCUUGCCUCUGAAGCAACCUCGAAUUCGGGUUCUUGUGGGAGGCAAGGAAAGGAUGCAGCUGGAGAACAGAGCUUAUCGCCAGAGCCUCCCCUGUUUUCACACGAAGCUUCUCCGGAUCGAGAUUCUCCAACCCGCCACUAACAACAAUGGGGUUGAACUGGAAUGGAAUGUCCAAUCUCUCUGCUUCCUCAACCAGCUUGUGACUCAUUCGAUCCAGUACCUCUCUCUGCUGAUGAAUCCCUGUAAUCCUCAAAUGCGGAGGACCUUCAGCCCGCCCACUCAAAGCUUGAAGGAGCGCAAUCCACUGCGAAGGCUCGGACGCAUUGAGAUCGAUGACAUGCACCAUUUUCUCACCUUCCAUAGCCUCCAGAAUUGCCUGGUUAGUAACCACGAACGCGACCUUCAAGAACGGGAACAUCUCGUAGAAGAGACUCCUGACCAUCGUUUCCUCUGAAGGGAUUUUGAUUUUGGUAGCAUUGAGUGCCCUGUGAACUCCAGGCCAAGCUUUGAUGAUCCUCUCGGCGAGAGCUUCGGUGAAGUAAGCUGCAAUGCGCUGCAUGGUGUCGCCGUCCGGUGCCGAUAAUUGAGAGAUCUGGCCGAGUGCUACCUCGGCGCUCUCCAGGCUGCCUGUUGCUACGUGAUUUGCACAAGUGAGCAGCAAAUGGAUCAAGUAUAAACCCCUCUCUUCGGAUUUCAGCUCUCUGAGGUAUGGAUAAGGCGAGCCGAGAUUGGAAGGAUUUGGCGAGAGUUGCGCCAUGGAAAAGAAUUGGAGUGGCGAUGAUGUGGCAGAGGAUGAUCCAUCAUCUUGAUACAUUUUUCAGCAAUUGAAAACAAGAACUUUCGAGAGCUCAAGCAAAAUGAAACAACUGGAUAACGAAACCUAAGCGGAAACUGAAUCAAAUCAGUUAGAGGAAAGAAAGGUGGAAACUUUGAACUGAAGCUCGCAAAGAAACAGAGACCCAGAAGAGGAAAGACGAAGAUCCUUACUGGGUUUUACGAUUCGUGGAAAACCCAGGAAGAAAAUGGAUGAAGAUUCGAAGAAUUUCCCAGCAAUCAGUAUCGUACCCACCCAAAUCCUUAAAACCCUGGAAAUGUUUCCCUUUUUUUUUUUUUCUUCGCAGAGUCCUUUGCCCUCGUCUUGUUUUGUAACUACGG